CCAUCUUCCCACCAUUCAGUGCGAUCGAGGUGGCGAGUCAUGAGCAGCGGCAACAAUGGCGGGAGGAACGGGGGGCUGGAGCUCAACCUGAACCAAUCGCCUCCGCCGCCCCUGGCCGCAGCAGAGAGGAUGGAUGUGGACGGCGGUCAUGAUGAAGACGUUGACGACUACAGCAACGGCUCGUCGUCGCCUAGCUCGUGUGUGUCGUCGGAUGAUAGCCAUGGCGGCUGGGAGCCGUCGCCUAUGGUGAUCGGAGCGUGCGAGCGGUGCCUCUUGUACUGCAUGGUGACCAAGGAGGAGUAUCCCAUCUGCAUCAACUGCAAGCAGCCCUUCCUUGUGGACGUCCUCCCUGCCGGCGACGACAAGAAGCAUGGCAAGCGCCAGUAAAGGAGGCGAUCGAACUCAGUCGCUGUGCCCAGUGGAUGCUCAUAGCGAUGGUUUAGCUCAGUUUUGGCGCACGGAUCUUGGCGCGGGCUGGGGACUGAAAGCCGUUAGAUUGUCCGGUGGCAAGUACUAGUAGCUUACUAAUAGUAGUUAAUUCCCUUCAUGAUUCAUGGCCCAGUCUGUGUUAAUCAGUGUCUUCGAUAGUUAUUUCCUGUCAUAAGUCAGCGCUUUUAUAUGUAAAAGCCCCUUAAUAAAGGAG